AGGGAUUAUUAAUAUAAACUGGUACGGAUUCAUAAUUGGUGCUCCAUUCUCUUUAGUGGGAGGAUAAUUUUGCUACACUCAGAAUCAAAAUUUUCCGCAAUUUUUUCAGAAAAUUUUAGGAAUAUGUCUUUCACUUUACAGUUAGUGGCUUGGCGGAUGUUUACUUAUGAGAAGAAUUUGCUUGUAGAAGGCAAAUGAAACUCUUUGCUUUCUAUCAUGUGUUUGAUAUUUGGUAUAUGUGCAAGAUAUGUAGAUUUCUACACUUAUAAUGACCGAUAUAAAUAAAUGUUAAUUAGAGAUCAAUGAAACUUCAUUUCAUUUCUACUCAUCCUGUUACUUUCUUCCAGACUCCAGUUAUCAUUAUUUUAGUCAAAAAAUUCCUGCUUUCCCUUCAAGGUUUAUCAAAAUGUUCGAUUAAGCUUACAUUAAGUUCAGUUAAACUACUUAAACUCUAUGAUAACUUAGUGUUUGCAGUUAUCGAUUCAUGAAAUGCUUUCUUUGUGGAUAUGUUUUCUUUCCUUGUGUUGUUUUUGUAGAAAAUUUGCCUAGUUGAACUCAAAUGCAAAUCUUAUCUCAGUGUGAAGUUUUGGGAGAUUCAGAUUACUAGAUAACUAAAGAAACUGAACCUAAAUCACUGGAACUCUAUAGUUGGUAUUUAAAACGUGGGUUCUUUGGGAUGACUGACUAGGCAAGGUAUGGUGGAGUAAAAAAUUAGCCAUAAUUCUAAUAAUCAAUUGCUUUCCGUCUCGGUUUUUUUUUUUUUUUUUUUCCUGUUUUCGUUUAAUGAUCAAUAUUCAUGUAUAUGUACUUUGUUCUGCUUUCUUCCUUUCAUUUCAUUGAAUUUUGCUUUAAAGUCAUUUAUGAUGUCUAUUGAAACAUUCAUUGCUACAGAAAAUAUGCACCCAUCCGUAUUCCUAAUCUUGGUGACAAUAUCUUUUUUUGUCUUUUUCUUUCUUUUAGACCGGACUAAAACUAUGCCUGUGGGAGAGGUCUGUCUUGGUGCAUUCCUUGGAGUGUUGUUUGACAGAUUGGCAGACCGUAGAUUGCUGUCUCUUCUACGUGAAGAUGGGAUAGAUUCGCAGUUAAAGCAAUGGAAGAAAAAGUUGUUUUUGAUUCAGGCAGUGCUAGACGACGCAGAGGAUAAGCAACUGUGUAACAAGGCUGUGAAAAUGUGGUUGGAUGAUCUCCGAGAUUUGUCUUAUGAUAUGGAUGAUGUUUUGGAUGAGUAUGCCACUCGAGUUUUAGAGGGGAAGUUGACAAAAGAACAAUCUACCAGCCACAUUACUGAUUAUUUUUCUUCUGUUCCUGGAACUCUAGUGUCCAAGCUUAAUAUGAGGUCCCAGAUAGAAGAGAUAAAUGGUCGUUUGGAAGAUUUAUGUGAAGAGAGAGAUUAUCUUGGACUCGAAAAGGUUGCUAGCGGGGCAUCAACUGCUGUGUUGCAUAGACCACCAACUACAUGUUUGCCGACUGAACCUGUUGUUUAUGGGAGAGAUGACGAUAAAGCCAAAAUACUUGAAACGGUUUUAAAGGAAGAACUGGGCGGUGUCAACUUUUGUGCUAUACCAAUUGUUGGUAUGGGAGGAAUUGGUAAAACAACGUUAGCUCGCGAAGUGUACAACGACAAAGCAGUAAAUGAGUUUAAUCCAAAAGCAUGGGUUUGUGUCUCUGAUGAUUUUAAUGUUAUGAGAAUCUCCAAAGCAAUCCUCGAGUCAAUCACUAGCUUCCCCUGCAAUCUAACAAAUUUUAAUCAAAUUCAGAUUGAACUGCGAGAGCAAGUACGUGACAAAAAAUUUUUGCUUGUAUUAGAUGAUGUGUGGAGUAAUGAUUAUGGUUUGUGGGAAAUCCUCAAGUCUCCUUUCAUGGUUGGAGCAUCAGGGAGUAGAAUAAUCAUAACAACACGUAUUGAAGAUGUUGCAUUAACAAUGGGACAUGUUAAACCACAUAAUGUGGGGCUUCUUUCAGGAGAUGAUUGUUGGGCCAUAUUCGAGAAGCAUGCAUUUCAGAAUACAAAAUUCUAUCCACAUCAAACUUCAAACUUCAUUCGUAAAAAAGUUGUUGAAAUUUGCAAAGGCUUACCCUUGGCUGCUAGAACUCUCGGUGGUCUUCUACGCUGUAAACAGAGAGAAGGUGAGUGGGAAGAUAUAUUAAAUAGUAAUUUAUGGGAUCUGCAAGAUAAUACAGAGAUUCUUGCUGUGUUAAAAUUAAGUUACCACCAUCUUCCUUCCCAUUUGAAAAGAUGUUUUGCUUAUUGUGCAAUUUUCCCAAAGGAUUAUGAAUUUACAGAGAAGGAACUUGUCUUUUUAUGGAUGGCCGAAGCUCUUAUUCAACCAUCAAAAGUCAAGGAGGAACAGGAAGAUGUAGGUGCUCUGUAUUUUCAAGAUCUAUUGGCAAGAUCAAUUUUUCAAGAAUCAAGUAGUAGAUAUAGUUCUAAAUAUAUCAUGCAUGAUCUUGUUAAUGAUCUCGCACAAUGGGCUUCUGGAGAAACAAGUUUUUGUUUACAAGAUAAAUCAAAAGUCAAUAUCCAAUCCGGAAGGCUCAAAAAGGUUCGCUAUUUGUCUUACGCUUGUGAUAUGUCUAAUUACAAAAAUAAAUUUGAAGUACUUCAUGAAGCUAUGAACUUGAGGACUUUUCUCCCAAUACUUCUUGACACUGAUAACACAACUAAUGUAGUUUCAUCGGAGUUGUUAUCGAAGUUCAAAAAAUUAAGGGUGUUGUUUUUAAGUAAUCAUAAUGUUACCGAGCUACCAGAUUUAAUUGGAGAUCUAAGACAUUUGAGGUAUAUCAAUCUUUCUAGCAACAGGAUCUCAAGUUUACCGAAGUCAAUAAACUUAUUAUUGAACUUACAAAUUUUAAUAUUAAGAUGGUGUUCUAACAUCAAGAAGUUACCUUCCAUGGGAAAUUUGAUCAAUUUACGCCAUCUUGAUCUUGAAAUGGUAAAGCUGAUAGAGAUGCCAUGGGGAAUGGAAAGUUGGAAGUAUCUGCAAACUUUGUCUGAUUUUUUUGUUGGCAAGGGCUCUGGAUCAAGCUUGGAAGUUUUAAAAAACUUAAGGUUUCUUCAUGGAAAGCUUCGCAUUUCAGAAUUAAAAAAUGUUACCACAGGUUUACGAGAAGAAAUAUUAAGUGAUAAGGUGAAGCUAGAUGAGUUAUGGCUAAAAUGGGGAUAUGGUCAUGAAGAUUCACGAAGUGAGGAAGUUGAGAAAAAUGUGUUGGACAUGUUACGACCUCACAAAAAUCUGAAAGAGCUUAGUAUCGAAGGUUAUGGUGGCACACAAUUUCCAAGAUGGCUCGGAGAUUUAUCAUUUUCCUUGACGUCAUUGGAGAAACUUAAGAUUUGCGACUGUCAGAAAUUGCAAUUUUUGUUUGAAGAUAGAGAAGAAAUUAGCACUUCCUCUUCUUUAGUGAUGCACAGAGAGAAUAUUGACAGCACUAGCACAUCUCUUCUUAAGCAUUUGUCUAUCUCCUUCUGCUCAUCUCUUAUGUGUUUAUCCCCAAAAGGUCAGUUCCCAAAGACUUUCAAGCACCUUGAAUGUUUAAAAAUCAAAGUUUGUGAUUCUUUGAUAUGCAUUGUAAGAGGUCAGCUACCUUCAUCUCUGAAACAACUGUCAGUGGAAAAUUGUGAGAAUCUGCAGUGUUUGCUAGAUGAUAGAGAAGAUGUUGGGGUUCCUUUUUCGUCUUCGGGGAUGCACAUGGGGAAUAUUGACAGCACCAACAUAUCUCAGCUCGAGGACUUGAAUAUCUCCAGCUGCUUAUCCAUCACAUGUUUGUCAUCAAAAGGUCAGUUACCUACUACACUUAAGUACCUACGCAUCAACAAUUGCUCAAGUCUCGCUACUUUAUCAUCAAUGGGUCAGUUACCUGUCCUCAAAAGGAUUGAGGUCUCAUUUUGCUCGGAACUUAAAAUCUUAUUCUCACAAGGUCAGUUACCUGGAGCGCUUGAAUACCUUUACAUUUGGAAUUGUCCAAAGUUGGAGCGAGUAGCAGAGGGGUUGCAUAACAACAGAUCUUUUAAAGAUAUUUUUAUUUGUAAUUGUGAAAAUCUUAAAUAUAUGCCUGAUGGCCUGGACGGUCUUAGUUGUCUUCAUAGGAUUUCACUUAUUAAUUGUCCAAGUCUUGUUUCCUUUUCGGGAGGAAAGCUUCCCAACAGCAACCUGGAAGUUUCAAUAGAGACAUAUGGGAAACUUGAAGCCCUACCCAAAUGCAUCCGUAGCCACAGCUCUUCAAAACUCGUGGAUCACUGAUUGUCCAAAACUCAACCUUCAAAGAAAUAGGCCUUCUGGCCUGCCUGACAUCACUUUCAGUUGAAGGUUUUGAUAUUUAGCAGGUACUGAACAUUGGGAUUGCACUAGCUCACAUCUGUUACAUCCAUCUGGAUUGAUGGAAUCCCAGCUGCAAUUUUAUCGAGAACUGAUGUUGCCACCCUCCCUAACUGAGCUGAGAAUUGGUCGGUUCCUGAAAUUAAUAUACUUAUUGAUCACUGAUUGUCCAAAUCUUGCAUCAUGUUGAAGUGGCCUGCCAUCCUCAGUUGUGGACUUCACUGUUGAAAAUUGUCAUUUGCCAAAAGAAUAGUGUAAAAGAGAAGUAGAGGAGAAUGGUCCUGGAUAGCCCAUAUCCCUUUCGAUUAUGUAGUUUGUUAUUAAAUCUCUGGGAUUCUGAUGUGGGAGAGGAGGAAAAAUGAGUUCUAGCUGUUCUCAGAAACAAAGGAAAGAGUGUAGAAUCAAAGAACUAAUGAUCUCGGGUCUGUGAACUUCUAGCUCCUAAUUCUCAGUUACUUUUACAAUAAACAAUUCAACUGCUCAUAAAAACUGAUUGUGUUCUGUUUUAUGUACAGGGAACAGUUGAACUCUCUAGUGCAAUCGAUCCAUGUUUGAUGUCAAAAUGGUAGCUUAACUAUAUUAGAAGCCAAAUUCAAAUAGAGCCUCUUGUUUUUGUUUUUUCCUCCAUUCAUUGUUUUUACAUUAUAUGCUGGUUAUUUCUAAUUCUCUGAUAUUCUUUGCAAACACAAAGUUAUCACAACUUUACUUUGUUUUGAAUUAUCAGAGAAUCUAUUAAAGGUGAUAUGAACUUAACAGAGCCGAUUUAUUCUGCUGACAGCAACAUGCGUUCAGGUCUGUGACUCAUGAGCUUGUUAAAGAUUUGUUCAAGCCUGUGCCAGGACAUCAAUGGGAGACAGAAAUUACUAGAGAUUUGUUAAUGCUAAAUGUUACAAUUAGUGAAGAAGAUUUUUCCGAUUCAACAUACGAGCCACCAUCCUCACAACAGCCAUGAUUAGAAGAGAUCAAAAUCUAGAGGCUAAUGGACCCUCGAUGAGAUUUUGGUGUUCUCAUUCCUUUGUGUAGCUGCUUCGUCAUACCAAAGGUCAGAAGUCAUAAAAUUAUGCCUGAAAACUGCGAUGGGAGUACUAUUAUUGUUACCUGUGUGUGUAAUAAAGUGUGAUUACUUAUGCAUAAGCAAGUAAUGACAAUACCAUGUAAAAAGGGAUCAGUUGAGUUUCAAGGUUUUUCAUCUGUCCAUGGUCAGUAUCAGAUUAUUCUUUUUCCAA